AUGCUUCCCGUCGUUAGUUUUAUUGGAUUUUUGGCAAGUGGAAAGGGCUCAUUAGGCUCUAAGCUUGCCGAUCAGUUUAGUCUAUAUCACUUGGUCGUCCCAGAUUUGCUCAAUUCGUUGAGCAACUCUCGCAACAAUGGCCAAAAGACCGUAAAGAAGUAUAUCCACGACUACGUCCUGGGUGGAGGUAACAUCCCGGCUGAUCUCUGCACCGAGCUCAAACCGUUUAUGAACCAGACCGUUGAGACCGUGAUGGAUGACUUCUACUCUCGUGGAGAAGCGAUUCCCUUAGGUAUCCUUCUUCCGGCUCUACACAAGAAGAUCGAACUAGUCAGUGAGGAAGGUAAGCAUAGAGCCAUCCUGCUAGACGGCUUCCCUCGGCAGUUGAGCGAUCUGAAGGCUGCCCAGCAUGUCUUCGGCAAGACACUUCCUGAUCUUACUAUCUGGAUCGAUUGCCCCGAAGAAGUUGCGCGAUCCCGCUACUCUAGGCGUCAUCGCGAUAGAUUCGAGAAACAAGUCGCCUAUUUCAAGGAACAUAUCCCUCUCUUGCUCCCCGAGUUAGAGCGUACUGGGCUCGUAAGGAGUGAAAGUGAUGAUUCUAUGACCGUCGAAAAAGCGUACAUCAGACUUCUCACUCGUCUUUACGACAAUCGAACUUGGUUUAACAUCGUAAGUUCCUAGGAAGACUGUCCCUGGCCGGCUACCUAUCUCCUGUCGCGUGUAGAAUAAAUACCUAGACAGCCCCUUAAACAGAACAAGCUCCCUAAUAAAAAAACAUAAAAUACCUAUUAAUGAUAUCGAGAUCCACUGUGACUUGAAAAUACUUCUCGAGUGAACCCCUAAACAACACUCCUUCAAAUCCCCAGCCAGCACAUCACGAAAAACCCCUCCCCUCCUUCGUAUCUCCUUACAAGUUACCCCUAUCCUCGUAUCAUCAGCAGAGAGCACC